AUCGGACGCCCUGGAGAAGAUGUUCGGGUUGUUUCCUGGUCUUCGGCUCGUCGUCGUCUUUUAAAACCGUUCCUGUGAAGUGUAGCGAGAAGAUUACCGUUUUAUAUUUACAUUUAAUUUGGAAAAGAUAAAUGUAAUUUUAUUUUUGACCUUACUGUCAUGGCAGAGGAAACGCGUCUUUAGGAAAGUGAAGCUGUGGAUCCAGGAGAGACUGUGACACCAUGAUCGACACGUCCUGCUCUUUGGCUGACUGACACACAUGGCCAGGAUUACUGUGUCCUGCCUGCCGGCCUCGUGGUACUGCAGCGUGUCCCUGCUGUCUCUGAACUGUGCCACCAGACAGAGGCUGAUCCUUCUGCUGCUGCUCUUCAUCACCUCUGCACUCCUGCUCGCCACCUACCAGAGGCAGCUAUGGGGCACCCGGCGGCGGUCCAGGGCCCCGGUCAACAAAUACCUUUCUAUUGCUGAGACCAUGGAGGCCACUGACGUUCUCAACUCUGCAUUGAACUAUGGGAUAGUGGUGGACUGUGGCAGCAGCGGUUCUAGGGUUUUUGUGUACUACUGGCCCCCCCAUAAUGGGAAUCCUCACACCCUGCUGGACAUCAGACAGAUGAGAGAUGGUGAUCGUAAACCUGUCGUCAAAAAGAUCAAACCUGGUAUCUCUACCCUGGCACACACCCCCACUCAGGCCAGUAACUACUUGGAGCCCCUGCUCAGCUUCUCUGCUGCUCACGUCCCAAAGAGCAAACACAAAGAGACGCCGCUCUACAUCCUGUGUACAGCUGGGAUGAGGCUGCUUCCUGAUAGCCAACAGGCGGCCAUCUUGGAGGACCUGGUCACUGAUGUUCCUCUGGAGUUUGACUUCCUUUUUUCUCGUUCUCACGCUGAGGUCAUCUCUGGCAAACAGGAAGGAGUGUAUGCAUGGAUUGGUAUUAACUUUGUCCUGGGCCGCUUUGAUCAUCCUGACGAGGAGGAUGUCACCGUUGAGGUGACGACCGGCUCAGAGAACCAGCCUCUGAUCAGUCGGCGGCGCACAGUGGGCAUCAUGGAUAUGGGCGGAGCCUCCCUACAGAUUGCCUAUGAGGUGCCCAGUGCCAUCACCUUCACCUCGCCACAGGAAGAGGAGGCCGGGAAAAGUCUUCUCGCAGAGUUUAACCUCGGCUGCGACGUCGAGCAAACCCAACAUGUGUACCGCGUCUAUGUCACCACGUUCCUGGGCUUUGGAGGAAACAUGGCCAGACAGCGCUACGAGGACCAGCUGGUCAACAGCACACUGACCAAAAACAGGUAUCAGUGCUUCAAGUCAGCGUGGAUGUAUGAAGUGCUGCACUCAGGUUUCCGCUUCCCCUCCGACUACCCAAGUCUGAGAACGGCUCAGCUGGUUUAUGACAAGGAGGUCCAGUGGACUCUGGGUGCCAUCCUGUUUAAAACCCGCUUCCUACCCCUCAGGGACCUGCAGCAGGAGACGCUGCGGCAGAGCCACUCCAGCUGGCUCCGCCCCUCCUUCGUCUACAACCACCACCUGUUCUCGCUUUGCCUGCUGGUGGUGGUGCUGGCCAUCUUGCUCUACAUCCUGCGCCUGCGGAGGAUCCACCAGAGGGAGCUGCGGCAGGCCGAGGCGCUGGACCUCCUCUGGGCUGAGGAGGGAGAGGCUCUGCUCCCCUGA